CCCCUACCCCCUACCCCUACCCCCUACUCCUCCCUCCCCUUCAACUAUGUCGUCAUCAUCCGCUGCCGCACCCACCUUUACCUGCAUUGCUUGCCGUGUGGGCUUCACCAGCUCUGCGGCGCAACGUUCGCACUAUCGCACCGAGUGGCACCGAUACAACCUCCAGCGGAAGGCCCUUGCUAUGCCCUGUGUCUCACUUGCUGUCUUUCGUUCUCGUCAAGCCAAUGCUCAAGCUGAGGCUGCUGCUGCUGCUGAACAAGCGGCUUACACUGGUGAGUGUACCAUCUGCAAGAAGAAGUACGCAUCAGAGGCUGCUUAUCAUCAGCACAUCUCCUCCAAGAAGCACAAGGCAAAGGCCGCAGCCGUGGCUGCUCGCGGGGAAAACCCUGGAAAGCUCGACUCGCCGUCCCCGGCGAUGGCGCCUGCUGCUGCCGUUUCGCCAAAGGCAGGGAAGGAUGGCCCCGUGGCCAUGGACACUAGCAACGCCGCCGAUGCUCCCGAUGCUGCUGGCCCAGGGGCGAGUGAGUCCUCCCCCGCGCCGCGCGCGAGGCACUGGCCUGGCGCUCGUCCUGUUGAGGCUAGCGACGAGGAACUCAUUCGUGAGUUUGUGAUCCGGUACGUGGCUUCGUUCUCGUUUGACGCCGAGGACGAGGUCGAGUCGCUGGUCUCCUUUGCCCUCGGCCACGGCGAGAUUCUCGACGACGACGCCUGCCUCUUCUGCGAGCACCUCGAGCCGGACGUCGAGGCACGACUGGAGCAUAUGCGGCUCGAGCACGGGUUCUUUGUGCCGGACGCCGAGUACUGCGUCGACGUCCCAGGUCUGCUCCGCUACCUCGGGCGCAAGAUCUCGCUGCUCUGCCUCUGCCUUCACUGCGACGGCUCGGGCAAGGCGUUCACCUCGGUCCGCGCAGUGCAGGCGCACAUGCGGGCGCGCGUUCACUGCAAGAUGGCGUAUACCGGCGUGGAGACCGAGUAUGAAGAGUACUUUGACUACGCAAAGGCGUACUACGCCCAGCAGCUCGCCCUCCACGGCAUCGACCCCUCGCAGCCGCUCACCGAGGCCCAGCUCGAGCUCCUCGAGUCGCCUGUCGAGCCCGCCCGCUACGACCCGGAGACAAUGGAGCUUGUCCUGCCCAACGGCAAGGCCCUCGGCCACCGUGCCCUCAACCGCUACUACAAGCAGCAGCCCAUCGUCCGCAACAAGUCAGAGUCGCUCAUCGCGUCGCAGCGCGCCGCAGAGCACCGCCUUCUCGGCUGGCACGGCGCCCGCCACGUGGAGAAGGUCGGCAAGUCGGCCGGCACCAUCGCCAACAACUACGCCCGGCUCUCCUUUGACACCAAACAGGGCGAGCGGAACAACAACAAGAAGCACUUCCGCAUGCAGUACUUCUUCUAACAUUAAACCCGCUAGUGUUACUC